UGACCCAUAAUUCUCCCACCAUGUCUCGCUCUCUCCAAAUCCAUCUCAUGCUCCUCACCCUCGCCCUCAUUUCUCCCUUCACACACUCCUCAACCCAAAAUCUCACCAACCCAAGUCCCUUCACAAAAAUAUACGCAUUCGGAGACUCUUUCACAGACACUGGCAACACAAAAUCACUCACCACCUUAGCCACAUUCAGAUUCGCCUCCAACCCCCCUUACGGCAACACAUUCUUUCACCACCCCACGAACAGAUACUCCGAUGGACGAUUAGUCGUCGAUUUCCUAGCUGAAAAAUUGUCCCUGCCUUAUUUACCACCGUACCUUGAUCAAGAUGCUGAUAGAUCUCACGGCGUCAACUUUGCUGUGGCGGGUGCAACUGCGAUCGAGCUCGAUUUCUUUCUGAAAAAUAAUGUGCCUCUGUUCUUCACUCCCAAGUCGCUGAGAAAUCAGUUGGAUUGGUUUGCGGAGUUUUUGGGGAGCCGGGGGUGUAGGAAUUUGUCGACCACACCACAAAAAUGCGGGGCGGUGUUCGACGAGGCGCUCGUCUGGGUCGGGGAAAUCGGGGUUAAUGAUUAUGCGUAUAGUCUGACGAGUACGGUUCCGGAUGAUAUUAUUCGAAAUCUUACGAUUGAUAGAGUUACUCGGUUUCUACAGGCAUUGCUAAAGAUGGGUGCUAAGUAUGUCAUAGCUCAAGGUCUGCCGGCAACGGGGUGCCUAGCGUUUUCCAUGGAAACGUAUAACGUUACUGACAGGGACGAAAUCGGAUGCGUCAGAAGCGUGAAUAACCUCAGCACCAUUCACAACAAUAUCUUCCGACAAAAUCUGGCAGGCUUGAGAAAAGAGUUUCCAGAUGCUGUUAUUGCCUAUGCAGAUUACGACAAUGCCUACCGAAAUGUUGUGAAGAAUCGAGGAGACUAUGGCAUCAACCACCCGUUCAAAGCUUGUUGCGGCGCAGGUCCUGGUGAAUACAACUUUAACAUCUUAGCACCCUGUGGUUCAAUAUUUUCAACAUCUUGCACAGACCCUUCUGAGUACAUUAACUGGGAUGGAGUCCAUCUCACUGAAGCUAUGUACAAGGCUGUUUCUGAGGAGUUCUUCGCAAAAACAGACAUUUACCCUUCGUUUAGGCACUUGUUAGAACAUAAAAGGCAAUCUGUGAAAUGAACGCAAUAUAAUUUGCUAUUUUCGCAAAGGAAUUUCAUGUCAGACAGUGAUUAUUUUAAAUCUAUAUGAGGUUGCAUAAUGUAAACUUUCUGCUAUUCAUAACAAUAUCAUGCAAUA